UUAAAAGAGGUGGAGUGAUUGACCGUCUUACGUCCGGCGAUGUGACGUCGCUAGUGUCGACGCCCCCCCCCCCCGCGUCGGUGUCGCUGCCCUCCCCGACGGCCGGCGCCGGCGGAGGAGGCACCUUUAUAAGAGGCGGCCGAUGCCGGCGGCAGCAGUCGCGCCAGAUCCCGUGUACGACAGUGCCAAACAGGCGGAACAUUUACAGACAGCCGCAGCCAUGGAGAGUUCCGAGGUCGCCCUGGUUCAAGGUGUCUGGCAGCAGGUGAAGCCCAAGAAGGUGCACCAUGGAGUGGAGGUCCUCGUCAAGCUGUUCGACAAGUACCCGGAGACCAAGGACCGGUUUCCGCGGCUCGACGUUAGCUCGCCGGAGGCGAUGCGCGGCAAUGUCCGCAUGCAGGCGCACGCCGGCCGCGUGGUCUCCCAGCUGGGCGCCCUCAUCGAGGACCUGGACAACAUGAGCCUGGUGAAUGAGACCAUCUACCUGCUCGGCGAGAAUCACAACAAGCGCAAGGUGCAGGCCAAGGACUUCGAGAAAUUCAACACCGUCUUCAUCGAGUACCUGAAGGAGACUCUUGGAGGUGCCUUCGCGGCGGACGCGGAAGCCGCCCUCAGCAAGUUCAUGGGCAUCUUCGCCAGCAAGAUGGCGGAGAACUUGGACCAGUAGUCGUCCUGGGCAUGUCGGUACUGGUUAGCCGGUAUACCACUGCCGCAUACGGCAUGUCUUCGGUCCCCUGGUCGGUCUUGUAGCCCUGUCGGAUGACUGGGAAAGCCCGACCGGGACAUAUGUAUCGCGCCGCGUAUAGGGCGCCGCUGGAAUCGCGUACCCGCUGGAUGGGUGUUAUACUGAGGCUGUAUCCUGUGCGGGAAGAGCUCCGUAGAGCGUCGCGGGUUGGGAGCGGCCGAGGAGCGCCGCCACAGAGCUGAGAAGGGCCGCUAUAGGCUGAGAAGGGCCGCUACGGGCUGAGUAGGGCCACCUGGGGUCAGGUAGGGCCACCAGAGAGAUGCGCUUAUGUCUCAAUUGCGCCGGCGGGCACCGGCCUUCGAACACGGCUGUUAAUAAACACGGGAGCGACAAGCUGCCCAAAUGAU